UGCCCUCAGUAAGUCCUGAGAGACCGAGCGACCGAGUGACGUCUCGCUCUCCUCGCCGCCGCCGCUGCCACCGCCGCCGUCGUCGUCGUCGUCAACAUGACAGUUGCCUCGACCAAGUGACCGUCAGUGCACUCGUACCGCUCGCUCGGACGAGAAGCUGUAGGUGAGCACAGCAGCCGGCGCCGCCGCCGCCGCGGAGGAUGGGGAAACGCAACGGCCGCUGACUGGAGAAGGCAGUGCGCAAGGACCGAAGGACAGCAUGGGAGGCACGGCGAACGGGCCCUACGGCGACCUGGACCCCUCGAGCCCGGAGAUGUUCGCGAUCCUGGGCGCCAUCGGGGCCACAGCUGGCGCCGUCUCGGCCGUGAUCGUCUACGCGCUCUGCGCCAGGCGGCGACGCGCUCCCCUUAAUUGGUUCGAGAAAGAUCUGUUGAAUCGUGCGGAGGAGGCGAAGAACUCGUGCAAAGAGGAGUACGCGCUGGCCAAUCUGCAUCCCGGCCUGGCGGCCAUAGGCAAGCAACAGGGCAGUGCUACCGCGGCGGACGAGUGGCGGCAGCCGCGCGACCCCAUCCUGAACAAUCGGGUCAUGGAGGCGCGCGAGAUGGGUCGCCACUUGUCGGAGUGCAGCUGCGACGAGGCGACGGGCUCGUCACCGCUGGCGCCGCCGCUGCCCGGCGGAGCAUUGGUGGCGAGCGACGAGCGCAUGGUGAUCCUGCGCAGCCUGCCGCUGUCCAGCUGCGGCAGCGCCAACGGCUCCGACGCCGGCUCCUUACACGCCCGCCUCUCCAGCACCGACAGCGACGACAUAUCUUGCCCGCGCUCCGCCAGCGAGACCCGCGGCGAGCUCCAGAUUCAGCUCACCUACGACGCGCCCAACGGACUGCUCAGCGUCAAGCUCGUCGAGGCUCGCGGCCUUCGCGCACGCGACUUGAGCGAGACCGCCGAUCCGUACGCCAAGGUACGCCUGCUGCCGGACCGCAGCACAGUCAAGCAGACACGCACGUACAAGCAAACGUUAAAUCCAGAAUUCAACGAAGAUUUCGCAUUCCAAGUUGCUCCGAAUUGUCAGCUCGCCGAACGAACGCUCGAGGUGCUGCUAUACGACUUUGACACGUCGGCGAAGCAUCGCAACCUUGGUUACGUGCAAAUCCCAAUGUCGACACUGGGAGAAUUGGGACCAGAACCCAGAACGGUUACCAAGUCGGUGAUGCGCUACGGCACUGACGGCAGAUUCAAGGCGCCGUCGCUCGGUGAACUGAUGGUUUCACUGUCUUAUCAGCCGUCCGCCGAGAAGCUCACCGUCAUUGUCAUCAGGGCCAGGAAUUUGCCGAUCAACGAUGAGACUGGCGCCGUCACUUUUGAGCCAUACGUUCAGGUAAACAUCAUGCGCGAGGGCAAGAGUUUGAAGAAGAAAAAGACCAACAUCCGGCGCGAAGGCACCAGUCCGGUGUGGAGCGAGAGUCUGAGCUUUGACCUGGCGCCGGACGUGAUAGCCGUCUGUAGCCUGAACUUCACGAUCUACCGAGCAAACGGCGAGCUGCUCGCUCGCUGCGAGGUCUCGCAGCUCAGGCACCACGAGCUCUUCCAUCGCGUGCUCGCUGGCGCCGGUGCCUCGGCCCAAUGGUUACCCUUGUCCGAGCCCGAACGACCCAGCACCAGCGAAACUCCGGAGCCUAAGUCGGCUUAGGGUCUCUCGUCCUCUUGAGCUUUCAUUGGCUUAUCGGUCGUUGCUCCGUGUACUUUCUUUUCCGAAUAAAACUGGCGUCCUUCUAUCCGCAGCAAAUUGAUAAGCACGCACUUUUCAUCGAGUGGGAUUCCUUUUCGUUUUGCAAUUUUUGAAACACAAAGGCUGGAUAAUACAAAGCAACAAGUGUCGAUAUAGAUGAUAACAAAAACAGGUUAACAAGUAUCCAAAUAGACGUAGCAACUUUCAGAUAUACAAUGCAACUAUUAUUUUUAAAUGAAAGAUUUUAUGAUUGUAU